AGAUUGAUUCUAAUCGGAGACAAUAGAUAGGGUUAUUAAAAGGAUAGACCUUUUUGUGACCGAGAUUGACUUCAAUUGUCUUCCGAUUCGAUAGAUAAGAUUUAGGGUUAGUUUGACGUUGACGUUGAUAGGGAAUGGAGUCGGACAAUGGGAAGGGGUUGAUACUAGCUGUAGCCUCAAGUGUUUUCAUUGGUUCCAGCUUCAUUCUUAAGAAGAAAGGUCUCAAACGAGCUGGUGCUAUUGGUACCCGUGCAGGAUAUGGAGGUUAUACUUACUUAUUAGAGCCGCUUUGGUGGGCAGGGAUGGUUACCAUGAUUGUUGGAGAAGCUGCAAACUUUGUGGCUUACAUUUAUGCCCCCGCUGUACUCGUUACUCCUCUCGGUGCAUUAAGUAUAAUUAUCAGUGCUGUUUUGGCACAUUUUCUAUUGAAGGAAAAACUUAAGAAAAUGGGGGUUCUUGGAUGUGUGUCUUGCAUCGUCGGGUCUGUUGUUAUUGUCAUACACGCACCUAAAGAGCAGACUCCUAAUUCCGUUGAAGAAAUAUGGAAUCUGGCUACUCAGCCAGCUUUUCUAAUCUACGUAGCCAUAACCAUGUCGAUUGUCCUUGCUUUAAUUCUGCACUUUGAACCCCUGUGCGGCCAAACAAACAUUCUGGUUUAUAUCGGAAUCUGUUCGUUAAUGGGUGCUCUCACUGUUAUGAGCAUAAAGGCUAUUGGAAUUGCGAUAAAAUUAACAAUGGAGGGAGUAAGCCAGAUCGGGUAUCCACAGACAUGGCUUUUUGUCAUGGUUGCGGUAACCUGUGUCGUUACACAAUUGAUUUACCUAAACAAGGCUUUGGACACAUUCAACGCAGCCAUUGUUUCUCCAGUAUACUAUGUAAUGUUCACAACCCUCACAAUAGUUGCUAGUGCAAUAAUGUUCAAGGACUGGUCUGGGCAAGACGCAGCCAGCGUAGCCUCUGAGUUAUGUGGAUUCAUCACUGUGCUCACAGGCACAAUGAUACUCCAUGGCACAAGAGAAGAGGAACAACAACAAGCUUCUUCAGAACAAGUAAGAUGGUACGACUCGAGAAAGAGCAUGAACGAAGAACAUCUGAUAAGUCUGUACAGUCCUGAAUACUAGGAAGAACAUCUCUCUAGACUUCUAAUAGAUUGAAUGAAUAUUUGCCAAGAACAAGCCUCAGGGAUCUUAAAACUGGAUCAAUCAACAAAUCUGAGGGGAAUGAUAUCGGUCGGCUUCGUUUUUGUAUUGUUUGUGGUCUCUGUACAGACAAAAAGGUUUGUCUAGUUAAAAAACUUCACAUUCUUUA